AUGCGCUUCCAGACAAGCUUCCUCGUCUCGCUCCUCCUGACACUGCCCGUGUUUGGUAGUCUCGAGCCGCCUACCGCGGCGGACGACGCCGAGCUAAUGGCGCUUGAGGCUCGUGCAGCGCGCAAUGCCGCCGCUUUGAAGAAGCGGGCGACGAAUCCUCCGGCCAAGGCGCCGGCCAAAGCGCCGGCCAAAGCGCCGGCCAAAGCGCCAGUCAAAGCACCCGCUCAAGCGCCCGCCAAAGCGCCCGCCAAAGCGCCGGUCAAAGCACCCGCUCAAGCGCCAGUAAAGGCUCCAGCAAACGUCCCCGCGAAGUCACCGGCUGCGGCACCUGCCGCCAAAGCACCUGCAAAAGCACCCGCCAAGGCACCCGCGAAAGCGAAGUGCACGCAGGCACAGAUCGCCAAGGCGUUGCAAGCACGAUAUGCCGAAUUCGGGCUAAACCGCCACGAGGCGCGUGCGGGCAUAGUGCACCCUGGCGGGAAGAACCGCGUCAACCUCUUCCACGGCACCAAUCCACGCCUGGGCGAGUCCCUGGAGGCUGGCGUGAACCUCUUGAAGACCCGUCCAACAGGCGACUUCAACCACAAGCCUGAGGUGCCCGGCGGCUUCUAUCUCACCGACAGUGUCAUUGCUGCAGCGCAAUUCGCGUGUUUUGGCGCAGUGCUAGACCAAUUCGCACCGCUCAAAGUUGACGUCUUCGAGUACACCUGGAACGGACCUGGUGCUGAUGUAUUCGAGUUUCCGGGGAAGACGAAAGACUGGAAGGAUUUUCAAGUGUAUAACGACAACCCGGAUACCACCAGGGAGAAUGUCAACAGUCCUUUCCGUCCCAAAGCCGUCGAGAUAUACAAGAACCAGAUGAUCACCGGGCCGAUGGACGCCGCAGAAGAUAACCACAUGACCGACGAGUUCCAGCAAUACGCUAUCGUCAAUCAACCUGCGGUGAAUUCGCGCCUCAAGCUGGUCACCGCGCACCGGAACAUCAUCUGCAAAAACGUGCCCAAGGCCAAUGCGCUGACGUCGACGCUGUACAUCAAGGGCCAGGCUGGGAACCCCGGUUUCCAGACUCUCCUGGCGAAGCUUCAGAACCCGCUCCUUGUGGUGCCGUUGGAGAAUUGUGUUAUUGAGUAA